CUUUGCAAAGUCGCCCCGGCCCGCGCCGCCGAGACGCCCCGAUCCCCGCGGCCUGGGCAGGGAGUCAUGCACGGCCGUCGGUAAUGUCCGCGGAACAGGACAAGGAGCCCAUCGCGCUGAAGAGAGUUCGAGGUGGUGAUAGUGGACUGGAGGGGCUAGGAGGACCAGCAGGUGUACAGCUUGGAAGUCCAGAUAAGAAAAAACGCAAGGCAAAUGCACAGGGGCCUUCUUUUCCUCCAUUGUCAGAGUAUGCUCCACCACCGAACCCAAACUCUGACCAUCUAGUGGCUGCUAACCCAUUUGAUGACAACUAUAACACUAUUUCCUACAAACCACUACCUUCGUCAAAUUCAUUUCUAGGCCCUGGUUAUCCUGGCUUUGGAGGCUACAACACAUUCAGAAUGCCACCUCAUGUCCCCCCAAGAAUGUCUUCCCCCUACUGUGCUCCUUACUCACUCAGGAAUCAGCCACAUCCAUUUCCUCAGAAUCCUCUGGGCAUGGGUUUUAAUCGACCUCAUGCUUUUAACUUUGGGCCACCUGACAAUGCAAGUUUUGGAAACCCCGCUUAUAAUAAUGCACUAAAUCAAAAUGUCAGCAUGCCUAAUCAACAUUUCAGACAAAAUCCUGUGGAAAACUUCAGUCAGAUGCCUCCACAGAAUGCUAGCCAAAUACCCAACCCCGACUUGGCAUCGAACUUUGUUCCUGGAAAUAAUACCACUUUCACCUCUCCGCUAGAACCAAACCAUUCUUUCAUUCCUCCCCCAAACACUUUUGGUCAAGUCAAAGCGCCUCCCCCUAAGCCGGAUGUUAGCCAAGGAGCAACCAAAAAUGCGAAUCAAAAUUCCUCUGCUCACCCACCGCACAUAAAUAUGGAUGAUGCUGUGAAUCAGAGUAAUAUCGAAUUGAAGAACGUCAAUCGAAACAACGCGGUGAGUCAAGAGCCUAGCCGCUCGAGUAGCACUGAAGCUGCCAACAAUAGCUGUGCCAAUGGGACUCAGAAUAAGCUCCGACAGCCUCGAGGUGCCACAGAUACGGGAACCACAGAGAAAAGCAAUAAGUCCUCCCUUCACCCCAGCCGGCACGGCCUUUCAUCUUCUGACCCUGUGUACCCUUGUGGAAUCUGUACGAAUGAGGUGAAUGAUGAUCAGGAUGCCAUCCUGUGUGAGGCCUCAUGUCAGAAAUGGUUUCAUCGAAUCUGCACUGGAAUGACAGAGACCGCCUAUGGCCUCCUGACUGCAGAGGCAUCCGCUGUGUGGGGCUGCGAUGCAUGCAUGGCCAGCGAGGAUGUCCAACUCAUGCGCACACGGGAAGCAUUCGGGACCCCAGCAGCAAGUAGUGACACUUAACUCCAGGGGCCACGAAAGGGAUUGCUCCACUACAUUGCCUCAUCUCCUGUUUGAUCACAGAGUCUCAGUGACACAGGAUUUUAAUGUUUCCCAUUUUUAAAGGCACAUGAAAAGAGGAUUUACCUUUGAGUUUUAUUACUGUUCUAUUUCAUAACUAGUGAAAAUUCUGUCUUGUCUCUGUUUGCUAUCUUAGAUGGAAAUAAUGUAUAUGAAGAUGCGUUAGAAAGUAAAUGUUAGUAGUUGUUUAUCCUAAGUCUAAAAGCCUCAGAAAGCUUCAAAAUAAUACAGAGCAAGGUAGGCAGUUUUUGACUUUUAAAAAAGUUAGAAUCGUUGAAAAAGUGUUUAUUUCAGCGCUAGACUUUGGUGAUAUCACAUGAAGCAUUUAGGUCAAAACGUUUUUUUUUUCUAGGAGCUACGUAGCAUUUUCAAAAUAAAAUAUACAUAACUUAAACCGGAAGAAAGCGUAUAUCUUAGUGGAUAUUCCUAGAAAUAAUGUGAUACCAGAUUUCUCCUCCUCUGGGUUCCUUAAAAUUAGUGAUUCUCAUAUAUCCAAGUCGGUUUUCCUGGUCAUCUGUUUGUACAGAGAUGAAACAAAUGUUAUUGUGUAGUAUAAGCUUAGUAAGUAUUUGUUAAUAAAUUUUCAGGUUGUACCACAUGGAAUUGACUAUUGGAUCAGCUGAAAAUCGCAAUUAGUAGACUUGACAUGAAGUAUACAUCUUUCGUUUUGCUACUGAGAAUUUUAAUAGUAUCAUUAUGCCCUAAAGUUUUCAAUUAUUGAGUUGUUUUCUGUGGUUUUCAGAGAAAUAAUUGAUAUAGUAUCUUCAAAAGAAUUUUAAAUACAUUUUGAAAAUAUUUUUAUCUGGGACAUAUUACAGGUGAGCUAAUCAAAGCUACCAGUUUGGCUUUGUGAGACUGAUGCCAAAAGAACUCACUGGUGAUUUGAAAGAACAUAUUUUAGGGACCCUGCUUUUAAAAGUGAGCUUUGGAAGCCACAAAAGUGACUCAAUGGAAAACACAUGCCUUGAAUGCAUGAGACCUAGAUUUUUGUCCCCACCACUGAAGAUGAGUUUGGUGGAGAUCAAAAUCCAUUGUAGGCAAAAAAUCAAUUAAGAGCUAUGGUGAAAACAAACUCAAUAAUUCAAGGCCUUGUAGCAGAAAAAAAUUUGCUAUAACUGGGGAAGUGUAAA